CGAGAAAUCCUGUCUCCACUCCUCGUUUCGCUCAUAUCUACAGAAAUAUAUAACAAGUGGUUUGCAAUACUAUUGCAAACAAUAUUGGACGUCUAUGCCCCAAAAUAAGUGUUGUACUGGUCGACUACUUUGCCCACGCAAGGAUAUCAAGUACUCCACAUGAUCGGACCUUACCAAUAUCAUACUAUCAUACUCUGAUUACAUUUUCUCUGUGGCGGUGCAGAAAUCAGCUUCCCUCAUGGCGCCCGGUCUCCUUGCAAAAUCCGGUCAGUCGACAACGAGCACUCCUAAACCCUCAGCGUCAAGCGCGAUUCCGGCGACUUUAUCGAACCGUGAGAACAAUUCGGCACUGCUCCACCGAUCGUUGACCGAACACCCACAUAGAGUCACAUAUGCCUCUGGAUGCUAUCUGACCCUGUCAGAUGGGCGCAAGAUUCUCGAUGCUUGUGGCGGUGCAGCUGUAGCGGUUUUAGGGCAUGGGAAUCAAGAAGUGACGGCAGCUACAGUGGCACAGAUGAACAAGGUAUCAUAUGUUCAUACUGGUUUCUACACAACCAGUUCAGCUGAGGACCUGACCGAGUGUAUCCUAUCUGGAUCCAAGAAUCAUGGGUUAGAGAAGGCAUACUUCGUUGGCAGCGGCAGCGAGGCCAAUGAGGCAGCUAUGAAGCUCGCGCGACAGUACUUCUGGGAGCAAAAACAGACACAGCGAACUCACUUCGUGAGUAGACGAUUGGCGUAUCAUGGAAAUACUAUCGCAUCGAUGUCGCUAUCCACGAAUAUUUCACGGAAGGUUCCUUAUGACGGCGCGAUCACAUUACCGAGUGUAUCCUAUGUCUCACCAGCAUAUCCAUAUCGCUCCCCACUGAAGGAUGACUCAGAAGAAGCCCAUGUUGCCUAUCUUGUAGAAGAACUCAAUGCCGAGUUUCAGCGAAUCGGACCUCACAAUGUGAUUGCAUUCUUCGCCGAGACUGUUGUGGGUGCUACUUCGGGCUGCGUCGCUCCGCCGAAUGGCUAUUUUGCCGCUGUUCAAAAAUUGUGCGAUUCUUACGGCAUACUCCUCAUCCUCGACGAAGUCAUGUGCGGAAUGGGUCGGACCGGGACAUAUUUUGCCUUCGAACAGGAAAACAUCCUACCUGAUAUCGUGACGAUCGGCAAAGGGCUCGGCGGCGGCUUCGCACCCAUUGCUGGUGUGCUGAUCAGCAAAAAGGUGAUGGAUGUGCUUAGGCGGGGCACCGCAUCCUUCAACCAUGGUCAUACAUAUCAAGCACAUCCCGUAUCUUGCGCAACAGCUCUCGCCGUGCAACAGAUCAUUCAGCGGGAUCAACUAGUUCAACGAUGCGCUGAGAUGGGACUAUUGUUAGGCAACCUGUUACGUCACGCCUUUCAGGGUCGCAGAUUUGUAGGUGACAUACGAGGACGAGGGUUGUUCUAUGCUCUGGAAUUUGUCGCCGAGAGGAGUAGCAAGACGCGACUACGGCCAAGCCUAAGGUUUGCUUCGAGAGUACAACGUCUUGCUUUUGAGAAAGGAGUUGCAGUCUAUCCAGGCCCGAUGAACUCAGAAGGAACCGAGAGUGAUCACAUUCUUCUUGCUCCACCGUACAACAUAAGUGUUGAUGAGCUCGAAAAAGUGGUCAAUGUCCUGAAGGAAGCAUACUGCGAAGUCGACAAGGAGGUGGAGCUACUAUAUAUAGAGGAGUAAUCCAUGAUACUACAGCUAUAGAUAAGAUAGGUCUUCAAUCUCUGUCAUUGGCGAGCUUGCUGAACUCUACGUUUCCCGAUCUGAAACAUGCAUGAGUUCCUAUCAGUUCAUUUCCCAGC